AUGACAAUACCAGCUGAAAGAACAAAUCUGGCACUACUUCACAUAGAAGUGGUAGAUUUCGCUGUUAGCAUGUCUCCAUCACUACCAAAUCUAGAUCAACUUCGUCAAAUAAAAACUGAUCAAGCUGUUGAAAAUGCAAUUCUACUGGACGUAUCUCAGUGGAUAUGCUUAAGACGUGAAAAAUAA